AUGUCCACGCAGAAGGCGGCGCUCUCUAUCGCCACAGCUGCUAAACCACACAGGCCGUCCUCGGCGAGACAAAGUCAUUGUCAGGACGGCGGUCAUUUUGGGGAAAUUGACGCCAAGUUGCGCCCAGUGCUACACGCUGGCGGAGAUGACGAUGCCUGCCAACGAAAAGAGAUGAAUGGUCUGCGGUUACUCCCACCGCUUGUCGAUGCCUCAGUAUGGUAUCGGCAUCUCCAAGGCAUGCAGCAGCCUGACACGGAGCCAGAGACGGCCGCGGACGAUUGUGGCCGUCGCCUGCUUUCAGCCCAGACGCCCCCCGGCUUUGGGUCUGCUUAUAUGUCGCAAACCGGCCGGCGACCGCGUCUAUUUCAGAUGUCACCUCUGACGACGGUCAACCGUCGCCCAGAUCCUGGCCCUGGGCGUUGUCCAAUCACCAAUGGCGUGACUGCGAGGCGCGUUGGGUGGCAGGCUGAGCCGUGCCUCCAUGCAGUUGCAGCCUGCCGAAUUAUUAUGGAAGGACUCGGAGUCGCGGCUAACGUUAUCGCCGUCGUCGACCUCUCCGUAAAGGUUGCGACGCUGUGCCUGCAGUACUCCAGAGAGGUCGAACACCUGGGCACCGCGCUGCGGGCCGCCCAGCACCUACUGGAAGGGAACAACGGCCAGCCGCUCUCGACGUCCCGGGGGCUGGUCGGCUCCUUCCGCGACUGCAUCGCCGAGCUCAAGCGACUCGAGAAGAAGCUGGGCCCGAACACCGCCCGUACCGCGAUACGUCGAUUCGGCUUUCGCGCCCUCAGGUGGCCGUUCAGCAGCAAAGAGGUCGACCAGCUCCUCGCCAGUCUUGAGCGCCACGAAAGGACCAUCCUGCUCGGGCUCCAGAUCGACCAGACGGCCAUACUCGUCGGCAUCCAGGAGGGGGUCAGACGACUCGGGCUCCAGCCGACCGAAGAUGCCUCGAUCUCCCGCAAUCCCCAUUGCAUGGUGCCGUUCCCUCCCGACCCAGACUUUGUCCACCGUCCUGCGAUCGAGGAAUGGAUGCAGGCCCAAUACAGCCAGACCGGUCGGCGACUUGCCUUGGUCGGAAUGGGCGGCUUUGGGAAAUCCCAGCUAGCCAUCGAGUUCGCCCACCGCGUCCAUGCGGACAACCCCGGCACUAGCGUGUUCUGGGUGUACGGCAGCGCCAGGGCCACGUUCGAGGAGUCCUACCGGGCUCUUGCAGACGUUCUCGCGUUACCUCGCCGGCACGAGCCAGAGGUCGACGUGCUAGCACUCGUACGCGACUGGCUGCAGAGGGACGAUAUCAGCCCGUGGUUCAUGGUCGUCGACAACGCAGACGACACCGGCGUGUUCUUCCUCGACAACGGACACGACGCCCCGCGCUUAAACUUUUUGCGGAAGAGAUUAGAAGGCAAGCCUGACGAAGCCGCCGCGAUGAAUCUUGCCCGCGCACUUGAUUUCAUCCCGCUCGCGGUGAACCAGGCAGCAGUAUAUAUCAACCGACGCAGCCCACGAGUGACUACCGAGUCGUAUCUCGAGGAGUUUCUCAGGAGUGAAAAGCGGAAAGACAGCCUUUUCCGCAGUGAUAAGGGAGAUCUCGGGGGGAUGGCGUAGGUAGUAGACACGCCUG